CACUAAUCUUUCAAGACCCAUAACCUGACUCUAUAUAUCAUCACCAUCUCUCUCAAGAUCUGAUUGAAUAAAAAAGCAUCUAUGGAGAGGAACAAUUUCAACAAUAACUUGAAAGAUCAUAGUAUUGGCUGUAGAGGCAUUAAAGACUGCAGCAACAACCACAAGGUCAAGGAUUCAUGGAACUGUAACAGUGGAAGUUAUGGAGAAGAUUGUCCAGAUGGAUUUUCAUGGCCUCCAAGAUCUUAUACAUGUAGCUUCUGCAAAAGAGAAUUCAGAUCUGCUCAAGCUCUGGGUGGCCAUAUGAAUGUUCACAGGAGAGAUAGAGCCCGGCUGAGACAGUCACCUCCAAGGGAUGGUCAGUACCCUAUUCUUAAUCUUAAUCUCAAUCCUAACCCUAAUUUCUCAACAUCGCCAUCAUCAUCUUCUCCUCCAACAAGGCUUCCACCAUUUACUCGCACAUUACCUUCCUUGGUUUCUUCCCCUCUUUCUUCUUUAUCUUCACCAUCUUCUGCUUCACCUAGUGAUCAAGUGAAGAAAUGGGGUGUGGAUGGUUCCCUGCUCAAUCCUUUGAGCCCGAGAGUCCUGGAUUUAGCAAAGAUGAAGACCACACAAUCUUCUUUCGGGGUUGGAGAAUAUCAUGGCUUCAUCCAAGAAGAUGAGUAUAAGGUUCUGAAGAAGGCAGAGUUUGUUAGGUUGGACUUGGAGAUUGGUCUACUUAGUGAUUUCAAGGAGGAUUUGGAUUUGGAGCUUCGACUUGGAUACUCCUAGGUCCAACAUUUUCAGAUUUCUCCAAAAUAUUAUAAUAUUAGUCUGCUGUUAUUUGCCUUAUUGCACCUUACAUUCACAAGUAGGAUGAAGAUGAACUCAUGAAGAAGCAAAGAGAUGAAGGUGUAGGGGAUGCUGCACUCAGCUUCCAUAGCUACAUGUACUGAUUGCUAUCAUCCCUAUGACUAUUAUUUCCUUCCUAUUUGGCAAAUCUUUUUAUUAUUUUUAGCCAAGGCUCUCUUCCGUACCUUUGUGAAGCUUGUUCUUCAAUGAAAACUGAUUC